UGUGUGUCGUCUCUUUCACUCUCGAGCAACAUCUUCCGUUCCUUCUAUCUACGGUUAGUAUACUUUGUGUUUCUUAAUUUUCGUUAAGAUAUUAGGAUUUGGGUGUGUUGGGUUUGGUUUUGUUUUCUUUGAUUUCAUUUUUCCUGUUUUUCUGCUAAUUAAAUAGUAUCGUAUAAAUAUAUAUUCAUGGAGAUGCGUUUGAAAGAUUGUAGAGACAGGUUUUCUAUCCCUCCCUACCGAAGGCGUUGGGGCUUUGUUCCUCGGACAAUACAAGAUUUUGGCGAUGGGGGUUCGUUUCCCGAGAUUCUCAUAUUGCAAUACCCUCUUGAUAUGGGCAGGGAGCUUAGACAACAACAAUGCUCCAACGUUGUUAAGCAUCCAAACAACAAUAAUAUUGUCAAUUCCCAAUAUGCAGAUAUUGUGCCCAAAAUUUUGAAAGUUGAUAAUCACAACCAUGUUGUUUAUGAUGGUGAUUUUGAACAAGAAGAUUAUGAAAUCCAAAUCCAAGAAACAACAAAGGAAACAAAAGUUGCUCUUGAAAGGACUAUGAGUAUGAGAUCCAAUAUUCUGAAUUAUCCGAAAUACCCAUCGAACUCCAAGUUCAUCAAGUAUAAACCAUCAUCAUCAUCAUCAUCAUCAGGUGCCAUUAAUGCCAAAGAGAGGAUUGUCGAGGUGGUAGAUGUGUCUGUAGCAGACCCUGUUGAGCCUCCUAAAUUCAAGCACAAGAAACUUCCAUACCCUUCUUCCUCUGCCUCAUCACCACCUGUUCCUGUUCUUCAUUCCCCUCCUAGGACUCUGACUGUAGAAGAUCAAGAGAAUUGGAAAAUUCCACCAUGUAUUUCCAACUGGAAGAACCCAAAGGGCUACGCUAUUCCACUCCACAAACGCUGUCUUGUGGCUAAUUAUGAUGAUGUUCAGAUUAAUGAUAAUUUCGCAAAACUUUCGGAGGCUCUGUAUGUCUCUGAGCACAAAGCCAGAGAGGCAGUUGCCUUGAGGUCUAAACUUGACGAGGAAAUAAGUAUGAAAGAGAAGGAGAGAAAAGAGCAGGAGCUAAGGCUGUUAGCUAUGAAAGCCAGAAGUAGUAGUAAUGGCUACCACUCCCAAAGUCAGGGAAGGGAAGAAGAGAAAUUGCAGCGUGAUAAAAUCCGCGAGGAGCGAAGACAAGAGAGGAAAAGGGAGAGGAGAUUGGAGGCCAAAGAUGUAGCAAUGAGAAAGAGAAGUAAAAAUACAAAGGAAAGUGAUAGGGAUAUGAAUGAAAAGGUUGCUCUCGGUAUGGCUUAUAGUGGAGAAGGAAGAGGAGGGGAGAUUAUGUAUGACCAAAGACUGUUCAACCAAGAAAAAGGAAUUGAGUCUGGUUUUGCAAAUGAUGAUGAUAUCUAUAAUUUGUAUGAAAGGGGAUUGUUUGGUGCUCAGCCUACAAUGUCUUCCCUCUACAGGCCAAAGAAGAAGGGAUUAUUUGAAGAUGCUGUUGGUCCAAGAGAUGGACCAGUUAAGUUUCAGAAAGCUGAUGAUCUAUUUGGACUAGAUCAGUUCAUGAAAGAAGUCGACAAGGGUAUGAAAGGAGCAGCUGAUUUUUAACUUCUUGUUGCUGAACAUUAAUUACAAGUUUUUUUAUUAGGCUACCAUUUUUUUUUUUUUUUUCGGGUAAUGUUGAACACAGUGAUGCAUGUAAAAUCUGCAUUAGAUUCAUAUUUUUCUAGUCUCUAAAUAGAGUUGCUUCCAUUUUAGUGCGAAUAAGAAAUUUAUAGUUUUUACUAUCACAUUGUCAGUAGAGUUUGCAGAAACCAAAAAACAUGUAAGCUGGCAUUAAAGGGAUGUUUUGUUUGUUAAUUUGUUUUUGAUCUUUCCCCACAUUCUGGUUUUAUUCUCACUGUUUCUAUUAGCCUUGCAAUUCUUCAGUAACUCAGAUGAUUAGAUCAAAUGCUUAUGAAAGGAUAAAGCAAGCUCUAGAUAGCUAUCUCUUCCUACACUAUAUAGACAAAUCAUAAAUCUUAGUCAUCCAUGUCCCGAGUAACAGAUUGCUCAGAAUUUUUACUUUUUCUAUUUUUUUUUUUUUUCCUCGUCCUGUUGAGAGGGGAUUCACCUUUUAAUACCUAGCUUUUGAUUUGAUUG